UUGUAAGUGGGUGGAUACCAAUAACAGAUGGAGCUGCCCAGCACUACAGGGGACAAUUCAUCCAAUUCACAUAAGGGUGUUGAGUGAAAGCAAGGGGAGGGAUGGCAAAGGGGGCUGGGACAUACACAUUUGAAAGACAACUCAAAAGGAAGGAGCUGUUGCACCAGACUGUAUGUGGGGCGUUGUGAAUGAGAGACAGAGAGAGAUGCCAGAGAAGGAAGAAGGCACUUCCCAGAUCUGCCUAAAACUUUGAAGAAAGCACUAUCAAGAGAGAGAGACAAAUGAGCUAAGAGACUGGGAGAGUUUUCCUCCCUACAACAGGAAGGAACUUAAACAAGGUGGCUCCAGAUCACUGAAUGAUUAUACCAGAUUGGAAGAGAAUAUCUUCGUAUCCCAAAUACUUCCCUUCCUUCUCCUUGAGCAGGCAUGGAGUUCAGCAAUGAAACCGACAACCUCUCAGUCACUGAGGAAUGUGACUAUGCCGAAUGGAGUUCUUCAAAGAUCCUGAUUCCUUCCAUCUACUUGCUUGUUUUCUUCCUAGGUACCACUGGCAAUGGCCUGGUGCUAUGGACCAUUUUCUGGAGAAGCCAAGAGAAGCGGCGAUCUGCAGAUACAUUCAUUGCCAAUUUGGCUGUGGCUGACCUGACUUUCGUGGUUACCUUGCCACUCUGGGCUACCUAUGCCAUCCUGGAAUAUCACUGGUCCUUUGGCUCUUUUGCCUGCAAACUCAGCAGCUACCUGGUCUUUGUCAACAUGUAUGCCAGUGUCUUCUGCCUCACGGGGCUUAGCUUUGACCGCUACUUGGCUAUUGUUCGCCCCAUUGCAAAUGCCAAACUGAGGUCAAAGGUUAGUGGACUUUUAGUGACUAUGAUUCUCUGGGCCCUGGCAGCCCUUCUGGCUUUGCCAGCCAUGAUCUUCCGGAGUGUGGGAAUGCUCAGUGGGGACCAUGACAAAAUGACCUGCUUCAUGGAUUUCUCCAGUGUGGCAACCAGUGAGACAGAGGCAGCCUGGGAAGCAGGACUUGGACUGUCCUCCACCCUCAUGGGCUUUGUAGUUCCCUUUGCCAUCAUGCUAACCUGCUACUUCUUCAUCGCCCGGACCAUUGCCGGUCACUUCCGAAAGGAGCACAGCGAAGGGUUGAGGAAACGGAAGCGCUUGCUGACCAUUAUCAUUGUCCUGGUGGCCACUUUUGCUUUAUGUUGGCUGCCCUUCCAUUUGGUGAAAACGAUCUACAUGCUGAUGGACUGGGAGGUGAUGCCUUUGUCUUGCGAUGUCCAUGCCUUUCUUAGCAACCUUCACCCAUACUGCAGCUGUCUGGCUUAUGUCAACAGCUGCCUCAACCCUUUCCUCUAUGCCUUCUUUGAUCCUCGCUUCCGACAGGCCUGUGCUGCUGUCCUCCGUUGCACCUCAGGGCACUUGGCAGGAACUGCGGGGGACAAGUCAGCCAGUUAUUCCUCUGGGCAUAGCCAGAACCACCCGGGGAAAGGACUGGAACCACAGCGGGAGAAAUCGGGCCCCAAAACUCAGGAGACUUUGCUUCGUGGGUAAAAACCAAAUAACAUCAAGUACCAAUCAAGGACUUUGGACAUAAUGAGAAAUAUGCCUGUUGCUUUAGUCUACCUUCCAACUCUAUUAUAGCAUUUGUUUUCUAACACUAUUUACUCCAUUUUUUUU